AUGGAAACUGUGAAACUUAUGAGGGAGCUGAUCGCCAAUUUUGAACAGGAGAGGAAUUAUCUUCCGAAGGAAACAGGACUCAGUUUGAUCGAAUCGACUGGAGAGGUAGUAUGCAGUACAGUAGAUAAAACAAUAUUGUACACAUGAUAGAUAUUCAAAAAAAAUCUUGAUGAAUCCCCUAAAUAAUAUUAUGGUAAAACAAAUUGGUCCAUAAAAAAAAACCGCCAAUUACACACUGUAAAGUAAUUCUAUUUUAUAUCUCGAUGUCUUAUUAAUUACAGAAUGACAGCAGGGGAAUCUCCGCUAAAUGUAGGGACACCAAAGUGGAGGACCUCUGGAGCCUGACUAGUUUCUUUGGGUACAGUACACAGACAUUCGUUCUGGCAGUCAACCUGCUGGAUAGAUUCCUGGCCAUGAUGAAGGUAAGAUGAAGACCCAAAUCAGGAGCACAUUUUUGUAAUUUCAACAUCCUCUACAGCUAAUUUGCAACAUUAGGUUGACAUGCGUUUUAGCAUUUUUUUUAAUGACAAAAAAUACAAAAUGUGCUUAGACAUGAACUAAACUCAGCAAAGAAAGAAACGUCCCUUUUUCAGGACCCUGUCUUUUCAAUGAUAAUUGGUAAAAAUCCAAAUAACUUCACAGAUCUUAAUUGUAAAGGGUUUAAAACACUGUUUCCCAUGCUUGUUCAAUGAACCAUAAACAAUUAAUGAACAUGCACCUGUGGAACGGUCAUGACACUAACAGCUUACAGACGGUAGGCAAUUAAGGUCACAGUUAUGAAAACUUAGGACACUAAAGAGGCCUUUCUACUGACUCUGGAAAAACACCAAAAGAAAGAUGCCCAGGGUCCCUUCUCAUCUGCGUGAACGUGCCUUAAGCAUGCUGCAAGGAGGCAUAAAUUGCUAUGUCCGUACUGUGAGACGCCUAAGACAGCGCUAUAGGGAGACAGGAUGGACAGCUGAUCGUCCUCGCAGUGGCAGACCACGUGUAACAACACCUGCACAGGAUCGGUACAUCCGAACAUCACACCUGCGGGACAGGUACAGGAUGGCAACAACAACUGCCCGAGUUACAACAGGAACGCACAAUCCCUCCAUCAGUGCUCAGACUGUCCGCAAUAGGCAGAGAGAGGCUGGACUGAGGGCUUGUAGGCCUGUUGUAAGGCAGGUCCUCACCAGACAUCACCGGCAACAAUGUCACCUAUGGGCACAAACCCACCGUCGCUGGACCAGACAGGACUGGCAAAAAGUGCUCUUCACUAACGAGUCGCGGUUUUGCCUCACCAGGGGUGAUGGUCGGAUUCGCAUUUAUCGUUGAAGGAAUGAGCGUUACACAGAGGCCUGUACUCUGGAGCAGGAUCGAUUUGGAGGUGGAGGGUCCGUCAUGGUCUGGGGCGGUGUGUCACAGCAUCAUCGGACUGAGCUUGUUGUCAUUGCAGGCAAUCUCAACGCUGUGCGUUACAGGGAAGACAUCCUCCUCCCUCAUGUGGUACCCUUCCAGCAUGCUCAUCCUGCAUGACAAUGCCACCAGCCAUACUGCUCGUUCUGUGCAUGAUUUCCUGCAAGACAGGAAUGUCAGUGUUCUGCCAUGGCCAGCACGUCUGGGACCUGUUGGAUCGGAGGGUGAGGGCUAGGGCCAUUCCCCCCAGAAAUGUCAGAGAACUUGCAGGUGCCUUGGUGGAAGAGAGGGGUAACAUCUCACAGCAAGAACUGGCAAAUCUGGUGCAGUCCAUGAAGAGGAAGACAUCCUCUGUCCAUGAGGAGGAUGCAGUACUUGCAGCUGGUUGCCACACCAGAUACUGACUUUUGAUUUUGACCCCCCCCCCUUUGUUCAGGGACACAUUAUUCAAUUUCUGUUAGUCUGUGGAACGUGUUCAGUUUGUCUCAGUUGUUGAAUCUUAUGUUCAUACAAAUAUUUCCACGUUAAGUUUGCUGAAAAUAAACGCUGUUAACAGUGAGAGGACGUUUCUUUUUUUUUGCUGAGUUUACAGAUAAAAAGGAGUUGGUGUGAGUAAUGAUCCUAUCCCAAUUUCCACUAAUUCCAAGCUGUCGCUCCUCUUCAGGUCCAACCCAAACAUCUAGCCUGCAUCAGCAUUAGCUGCCUCCACAUCGCAGCCAAAGCAGUCGAAGAGGAGCGCAACGUGUCUUCCACCAAUGAACUUAUUCGUAUCAGCCAGUGCAAGUUUACAGUCUCAGACCUCACUCGCAUGGAGAAGAUCAUUUCAGAGAAACUCAACUUCCAACUCAAAACCAUCACAGCCUUAACCUUUUUGCACCUAUACCACGGAAUCGCACGCUCACACACCGCAGACAGGUAAGGACCCAUUAUGAAAGAUAUGACAAUUCACCUAGCAAUCAACCCCAUUUGCAAGAUGGCAAUGGUGACAUAAUGAACUUGGGACAGCUAGACAUGAACUUCAGCAACUGUUGACAUGAUUUAUUAGUCCUAACUGAAAGUAGAACAUCAGUGGUUAACUAUUGGCAGAGCCUCACUGGACAUUAUCCCCACCAUAACACCUUCAGUUAUGUAAACAGGUAGCCCGUGUCACCUUGCUUUCACACCCAACUGGUUCUCAUAAGUAUUUUCCCCUUUGCCUUUACAGGAAGGAGGCCCUGAACCUCGACACACUGGAGGCCCAGCUCAAAGCCUGUCUCUGUCGGAUCGCGUUCUCCAAAGCUAAAGUAAUUAUUUACCCCAGAGAGUCCAUAAGCCCAGUUACACAUUACAGGAGACCUCUGGGCAGCUGCAGUCUAAUUUGAUGCAUUUUUUUUCUCUUCCUGUUCUCUUCCAGCCGUCAGUCUUGGCCCUGUCCCUUCUCACCCAGGAGAUUGAAGCCACGCAGUGUGUUGAUAUGUUGGAAAUAGCCCAUCAUGUUCAGAGACAUCUCAAGGUAAAAACACAUAACACUGUUUGUUAGAAAAUUCCUUGAAGCUUUAUUGCAAAGCAAUGAUUUUAAUUUGUUUUAAAACACAGUAACCCGAGAAGUUUCCUGUCAAAUUCACACACAAAAAGAAACCUAUUUUGCCCUGGAACCAGCUCUGCAUAUUGUAUGCCCUGCAACCAUAGGCUUCGUAUGACAACUGACACGGUUAUGGAAGGAAAUAAAAAUUAAAAGGGCCCUUUCACAUUCCCUGGCCUCUCAAGUUCCCGACCGCUAUCAUUUUACAACGCCUGGAAUCCAUCCCAAAAGGUUUCCGCUGACCAAUUAAUGUAACCUGGUGUCCAAUGUAAUGAUGCCCUGGUCUUUUACAGAUCGCUGACGUUGAGCUGCUACACUGGAGGGGACUAGUGGCCAAGUGUAUGUCCGACUACUCUUCCCCUGAAUGUAGCAGACCCAACAAUAAGAAGCUGGUCUGGAUCGUGUCGAGGAGGACAGCUCAGAACCUUCACACCAGCCACUGCAGCGUCCCUGAACUGCCAACCAUUCCCUGA